AUGGCUCAAGUGGUCAUCCCCAUACCAAGAAACCAAUGGUGGGACGAUGAUCUUUUUGGGAUCAACGACCAAGUGGAGACCAUAUUUUCAAAUUUGGAAAUCCUUGAAAAUCGGAUGGAUGAAGCAGAGAGGAGAAGCUUGAAGGAAAAAGAGGCUAGGGAAUGGCUGAAAAAGUUCAUCGGCAUGACGGAUGAGCUGGAAGUUUGGUGGGAUGAAUUUAGAAUCAUCACUUUCCAAAAUACUAGAAAAAAUGUUGAUCCUGAUCCUCAGGUGGAUGGCUUGUCCGAUGAUGAAGAUGAAGCGGCAGCUGAAGCAAACUUUAUGAAGAGAGUGUCCACACUGUUGUCCUCCUCGUUGAAAAAGUGGAACCCUUCUGGUGUUAGGAAGCGGGUUCCUCCACUCAGUGCCGACAUUGCUUCUAAAACAAGGGAUUUAAAUAGUAAAUUAGAUGCAAUUUUGAAUAAUGCAACUGGAUCCGGCUUUUUUCAAAGUGCUGCUGCUAGUAGUAGUGGUGGUAGUAGUAGUAGUGGUCAAUCUUUUGCAGUUAUGGUACCAACAAUUGGUAGCAUCUAUGGUCACGUGGCUGCGGCUAAUCUGCCAAUUGCGGAGGCAAUGUUGAAUGAAGUUUAUAAUCUAGAAGAAAUACUCCGAGUCCUAAUGCCCGAGAGUAGUAGCAGCAGUAAUGAGAUCAAGGUUAUCUGCAUAACAGGUGAGUGGCGUUAUCAAAUUACCAGAAUGGCUAAACAGCUAUACAUUGAUGACAGAGUAAAGCAGUACUUUGAAGUUAGGAGAUGGAUAACGGUGGCUAACAGAUUUGAAGCAGUCUAUUUUGCAAAUGAUCUCCUUGGGGGCGCCCAAGAAAGGAUUGCAUCUUCAUCUUCAGACAGGUCCUGGGAGUUACUGUUCCAGAUGGUAGAAGAGUCGUUUUACAUGAAGAGAUUCCUAAUUGUCCUUGACGAUAUUGUUCUGGAUCAUUGCCCCGUGCUGGAUAGGCUCAUAUGCUCUCUUAAGCAAGGUGCUCCAGGGAGCGUAAUUCUCGUGACAUCCUGCGAGGACGCAUCUCAGGGACUGAGAUUGAGUAAAAUGUUUGGUAUCGAAAAGUGGUCUCCUGAAGAGGGUUGGCAUCUUUUGAAAGUUAUAUCAUUGUUUGGACGAUCCAAUUUCUCUGAGGAAUUAGAGAACAUUGGCCGGGAUAUUGUUGCGAAAUGUGGGUGCAUGACAUUUGACCUAAAGAUUAUUGGAAGUCUUUUACGACUUAAAGACACUGUACCAGAAUGGGAGGAAGUUUUGCACAGCAAGGUAUGGGAGAUGGAGGAAGUCAAGAAACAAGGUUAUUGUCCUUUGUACAUCAGCUAUAGCGAUUUACCCUUGCCAUUGCAACGUUGCUUCUUAUAUCUGGGGGUCUUUGAUCUUGACAGUGUCACACACGUUGAGCAACUCAUUGCGGCGUGGAUGGCAGAAGGUUAUCUUGGCCCUCCAAGCAUAAACGGUGAUCGAAGGAGGCGAAUGAAGGGUCUGGAAUAUUUCAAUCAAUUGGUAAAUCGUUCUUUCUUCCUCAACUUCGUCAAAAGUUCUAUCCACAAAGAUCAAAUAUUAAGUUUCCAAGUAAACAUUAGAGUUCUUGGAUUUGCAAAAUGGCUCGCGGGUGAUCAAGUAUCAACUUCUGCAGUUCUUGGCCAGAAUAAGGCUCGAAGUAGUUUUCUAAUAGCUUAUCGCACUUCAGAUUCUUCCAUGUCUAAUUUCUUACGCUAUGAGUGCAUUCGGCUAUUGGAUUUAUCUUCUUCUCAACUAAGAUCACUCCCCAGGGAGAUACGAAGGUUAACUCUUCUGCAAUACUUAAACUUGUGUGAUAAUCCGUUAAAGCGACUACCAGAGACAGUAUGUGAUUUACUUAAUCUAGAAUUUCUAGAUGUAAGUCUUUGUUACAUGCUGGUUAAACUUCCUAAAAGGAUUGGGAAACUUCAACGAUUGAAACACCUGAGAAUUGAUCACACCACAGAUGAGUUACAAAAAUUGCCACCAUCAUUUGCCAGUCUUAGAUGGAUUUGCACUUUGGAUGUCUUAAGGAUCGGUGGACAGUACAAUAGUAUUGGAGUGCUAGAGCACCUUGAUAAUCUUGAAGAAAUAUGCAUUGCUAUUCAUGGUAAAGUAGAUUUUGAGCAUUCAAACUUGGAAAGGAAAACUCGAUUGCAAAGCUUAGAACUUUGCUUUGUAGGUCAGGGCCGUGAUCCAGAAGUGGUAACACUUGUCAAGGCAUUAUUUUUAAAUGCACCUCCAAGCUUAGAAAUUCUCAAGAUCGAGGGAUAUCAUGGAAUCCAACUACCAAAGUGGAUAGUCACUCCACGUCUUGGUGAGAUAUUGAACUUUAGAUUAAGAAGGUUGACAGUGAGAUCAGCUUUAAAUCUCCUGUCCUUGCCUUCCUUCUACACGAUGCAGUCUCUUGAAUUUCUUUGGCUGGAUGACAUUCCAAAUUUGAAACAUUUAGAUAAGGAAACCUUUGCACCGCCUAAGGUUGUGAUUGAUGUAUAUCGAGAAGACCCCGAGUCACAUCUUAGAGGAUUCGAUAAAGGAAUCCCAGUAUUGCCAGCGCUGAGGACAUUAAGAAUCGAAUCUCUAGUGAAUUGGGAAACAUGGGAAGAUCUGGACGAACGGGAUGAGAAAUUUAUCCACAUCAUGCCAUGCUUGCAGGAGCUAAUCAUUAAUGGUUGUCCAAAGCUGAAGGUCCUGCCCGAUCGCAUCUUCAGAAAGAUGAUAUCCGUCCAGGUUUCCUACAGUGGUAACUUUGUUCACCCUUUGAAGCAUUAAUAAAGGGAAGCAGGAGAAUUUGAAAAGCACAAGCCUCGGAAUGUUUUCAACCAUUUGUCUUCAAAUGUAAUUUGUGACUCAGGAUGUUUUCAUUUUUCUUCUAUGUGAUGUUGCUCUUUUGAUUCCAUAACAGCUGGUUCAAUGUUAUGGUGUUGCGUGAAAUGCUAAGUAUAAGUUUUUAUGUGUGUAAGGAUG